CAGCAGGGGCCGCGCUGGGUACGGGGUAGCAGCAGUAGUCAGUGCCCCCCUGCCUGGCUGCCCUCCUCUACCCCCGCUCCCAGCCACAUACACUGCAAUGCCCUGCUGCUGCCUACUAGCAGUGCAGGCGCUCUCCGUGCCCGUCUGAGCCGGCAGCCCGCUCCUCUGCCUCCUUCAUCAGCUGCAGCCUACCCGGUGCCAGCGGGAGCCUGUGCAGUGAGCAGGAACCUGAUCAGCUUCCAAAAUGUCAUCUCGAAAUUCCAAUAGAGAUGAUGCAGAGCGCUACCUUUUUGUGGACCGGAACCCCAUGGGUAAUACGGUUAUGCAGGCUGACUGGACAGCAAAGAAGCAGGUAUGGGUGCCUUCCGAAAAGCAUGGCUUUGAAGCGGCCAGCAUUAAAGAAGAACGAGGGGAUGAGGUGGUGGUGGAGCUGGCCGAGAACGGCAAGAAGGUGGUGAUUAACAAGGACGACGUCCAGAAGAUGAACCCACCCAAGUUCACCAAGGUGGAGGACAUGGCGGAAUUGACCUGUUUGAAUGAAGCAUCGGUCCUACACAAUCUCAAGGAUCGUUAUUACUCUGGACUUAUCUAUACAUACUCAGGCCUGUUCUGUGUCGUGAUUAACCCAUACAAGAACCUGCCUAUAUAUACAGAACAAAUAGUGGAGAUGUAUCGGGGAAAGAAACGCCAUGAAAUGCCCCCACACAUAUAUGCAAUAUCAGAGACGGCUUACCGCAGCAUGCUUCAAGAUCGUGAAGAUCAGUCAAUUCUUUGCACUGGGGAAUCAGGAGCUGGAAAGACAGAGAACACAAAGAAAGUCAUCCAGUACCUGGCUCACGUGGCCUCCUCACACAAAGGACGCAAGGAACAUACAGCUCCGAGCUCCAGCACUAUGUCUUACGGAGAACUUGAGCAUCAACUUCUGCAGGCCAACCCCAUAUUAGAGGCUUUCGGAAACGCCAAGACUGUGAAAAAUGAUAACUCUUCGCGAUUUGGCAAAUUUAUCAGAAUCAAUUUUGAUGUAGCUGGAUACAUCGUUGGAGCCAACAUUGAAACCUAUUUACUGGAGAAAUCUCGAGCGAUCCGCCAAGCUAAAGAUGAAAGAACAUUCCAUAUUUUUUACCAACUUUUAGCAGGAUCAGGAGAGCAUGUAAAAACUGACUUGUUACUGGAAGGCUUCAACCAGUAUCGCUUUCUGUCAAAUGGAAACGUCACCAUCCCUGGCCAGCAAGACAAAGAGAUCUUCCAGGAGACAAUGGAGUCUAUGAAAAUCAUGGGAAUUAAUCAUGAAGAAAUCAUGUCUAUGCUGAGGAUGGCUUCAGCUGUUCUUCAGUUUGGUAAUAUCAUUUUUCGGAAGGAGAGGAACACAGACCAAGCCUCCAUGCCAGAUAACACAGCUGCACAGAAACUAUGCCAUCUUUUGGGACUGAAUGUCACAGAGUUCACCCGUGCCAUCCUGAUGCCAAAGAUUAAAGUUGGGCGUGACUAUGUCCAGAAGGCACAAACUAAAGAACAGGCCGAUUUUGCUAUCGAGGCACUUGCGAAGGCUUCCUAUGAAAGGCUAUUCCGCUGGCUGGUCCAUCGCAUUAACCGAGCUCUGGACAGGACCAAAAGACAAGGUGCAUCGUUCAUAGGAAUCCUGGACAUAGCUGGUUUUGAAAUCUUUGAGCUGAAUUCAUUUGAACAGUUAUGUAUUAAUUACACAAAUGAGAAAUUGCAGCAGCUCUUCAACCACACCAUGUUCAUUCUGGAGCAAGAGGAAUACCAGCGCGAGGGGAUCGAGUGGAACUUUAUUGACUUUGGUCUGGAUUUGCAGCCUUGUAUUGAUCUAAUUGAGAGACUGGCAAAUCCUCCAGGUGUUCUGUCCCUACUAGAUGAGGAGUGCUGGUUCCCCAAAGCCACUGAUAAAAGUUUUGUGGAGAAGGUAAUCCAAGAACUCGGCACUCACCCUAAAUUCCAGAAACCCAGACAGCUGCGAGACAAGGCUGAUUUGUGCAUAAUCCAUUAUGCUGGAAAGGUGGAUUACAAAGCGGAUGAAUGGCUCAUGAAGAACAUGGAUCCUUUGAAUGACAAUAUUGCAACUCUUCUUCAUCAGAGCACAGACAAAUUCACUGCAGAGCUCUGGAAAGAUGAUAUCCAGAAUAUUCAGGCAGUUUAUUUCUUUGAUACCUACGCUGUGCUGCCACAGGGUCCGGGCGAAAUUGAUAGAAUUGUUGGGCUUGACCAAAUGAGUGGAAUGGCCGAAAUGUCAUUUGGGUCAUCAUACAAGACAAAGAAAGGAAUGUUCCGCACAGUUGGACAACUGUAUAAAGAGUCUCUGUCCAAGUUGAUGUCCACACUGAGGAACACCAACCCAAACUUUGUCCGCUGCAUCAUUCCCAACCAUGAAAAGAAAGCUGGAAAACUGGAACCUCACCUAGUCCUCGACCAGUUACGCUGUAAUGGAGUACUAGAAGGAAUCCGAAUUUGCAGGCAGGGUUUUCCAAAUCGAAUAAUCUUCCAGGAGUUCAAACAAAGAUAUGAGAUUCUUACUCCAAAUGCUAUCCCAAAAGGAUUUAUGGAUGGCAAACAAGCUUGUGCUAUAAUGAUCAAGGCUUUGGAAUUAGAUCCCAAUCUAUACCGCAUAGGACAGAGUAAGAUCUUCUUCCGAGCUGGGGUGUUAGCCCAUCUGGAAGAAGAGAGAGAUCUGAAAAUCACAGAUAUCAUUGUGCUCUUCCAGGCUGCGGCCCGUGGAUACCUAGCCAGGAAAGCCUUUGCAAAGAAGCAACAACAAAUGAGUGCUUUGAAGGUGGUGCAACGAAACUGCGCGGCCUACCUUAAGCUGAGACACUGGCAGUGGUGGCGACUGUUUACCAAGGUGAAGCCGUUACUACAAGUGACUCGGCAGGAUGAAGUAAUGCAGGCAAAGGUAGUAGAACUGCAGAAGGUAAAGGACAACCAGGUGAAGGCAGAGAUGGAUCUGAAGGAUAUGGGAAACAAAUAUCAGCAGUUGGUGGAAGAGAAGAGCAUUUUGGCAGAACAGCUACAGGCGGAGACGGAGUUGUUUGCAGAGGCGGAGGAAAUGCGCGCUAGACUUGCUGCAAAGAAGCAGGAACUAGAGGAAAUAUUGCAUGAUCUGGAGUCUCGGGUGGAAGAAGAAGAAGAGCGGAGCCUGCAGUUGCAGAAUGAGAAGAAAAAGAUGCAGCAACAUGUGCAGGACUUAGAGGAACAACUAGAGGAAGAGGAGGCCGCACGGCAGAAACUGCAGCUGGAGAAAGUGACAACAGAAUCAAAGCUAAAAAAGAUGGAAGAGGAUAUCCUAUUAUUAGAGGACCAGAAUGCCAAACUCAGUAAGGAGAGGAAGCUGAUGGAAGAUCGUAUUUCAGACUUUACUUCUAACAUGGCCGAAGAAGAAGAGAAAGUAAAGAGUCUGACUAAACUGCGCAACAAAUAUGAAGCCAUCAUUGCAGACAUGGAAGAUCGUCUAAAGAAAGAAGAAAAGGGAAGACAAGAGAUGGAGAAGAUGAAGAGGAAACUUGAUGGAGAGACAUCUGAUUUAUCUGAUCAGAUCCUAGAGCUUCAGCAGCAGAUUGAGGAACUUAAACAACAGUUGGCCCGUAAAGAAGAAGAGCUGCAGGCUGCUCUCGCUAGAGUUGAAGAAGAGGCAAGCCAGAAAAACAAUUUGCUCAAACAGCUUCGUGAAUUACAGUCUCAUAUAUCUGAAUUACAAGAAGACAUGGAAUCUGAAAAGGCUGCAAGAGCGAAAGCAGAAAAGCAGCGCCGGGAUCUGGGGGAGGAGCUGGAAGCGCUGAAAACCGAGCUAGAAGAUACUCUAGAUUCUACUGCUACACAGCAAGAGCUCAGGACAAAACGAGAACAGGAAGUAACUGAUCUAAAGAAGACAAUUGAGGAAGAGUCAAAAGUCCAUGAGUCUCAAAUCGUUGAGAUACGUCAGCGUCACACACAGGCCCUGGAGGAUCUCUCGGAACAGCUGGAACAGUCACGUCGGUUCAAGGUGAACCUGGAGAAGGUAAAGCAGACCCUAGAAAGUGAGAACACCGAUCUAAUAAAGGAAGUCAAAAACCUUCAUUCAGCAAAACAAGAUUCCGAACAGAAGCGGAAAAAAUUAGAGGGACAAGUGUCAGAACUUCAGCUCCGCGUCUCUGACAGCGAGAAAAUCAAAGGGGAUUUGGCCGAAAAGUUACAUAAACUACAGGCUGAAAUGGAUGGCAUGUCUGGUGCACUGGGAUCCACGGAAAGCAAAUCUAUUAAGCUAACCAAAGACCUGUCUGCAGUGCAGUCACAGCUGCAAGAUACCCACGAGCUGUUGCAAGAGGAGACCAGACAAAAGUUGAACUUGAGUUCUAGAGUCAAACAGUUGGAAGAGGAGAAGAAUAACCUGUUGGAGAACUUAGAGGAGGAUGAUUCAGCCAAGAGUCAACUCACCCGUCAAAUACAGGCCCUGCAACAACAGCUUCUUGAGUCUAAGAAGAAGAUGGAGGAACAUGGAGGAGCAGUGGACGGGCUGGAAGAAUCCAAGAAGAAGCUGGCAAAGGAGUUAGAGCUUAUGUACCAACGUUUUGACGAGAAGCAUCAAACCAACGACAAGCUGGAAAAGACUAAAAAUCGCUUGCAGCAAGAACUGGACGACCUGAUGGUGGAUCUAGACCAUCAGCGGCAGAUUGUUUCCAACCUGGAAAAGAAACAGAAAAAGUUUGAUCAGAUGUUGGCGGAAGAAAAGAAUAUCUCUGCACGCUACGCUGAGGAGCGGGAUAGAGCCGAGGCUGACGCUCGGGAGAAGGAAACAAAGGCUCUGUCACUAAGUCGAGCCCUGGAAGAAGCUCUCGAUUUCAAGGAUGAACUGGAUAGACAGAACAAGUUACUACGGGCAGAGAUGGAUGACCUGGUCAGCUCUAAGGAUGACGUUGGCAAAAAUGUUCACGAGCUGGAGAGGGGAAAGAGAGCCCUGGAGCAGCAAGUGCAAGAAAUGAAGACUCAGAUAGAAGAACUGGAAGAUGAGCUGCAGGCCAUUGAAGAUGGGAAACUCCGCCUGGAGGUCAAUAUGCAAGCCAUGAAAGCUCAGUUUGACAGGGAUCUCCUAAACCGUGAUGACUCCAACGAUGAAAAGAAGAAACUGCUGUUCAAACAGGUGCGGGAUCUAGAGGUGGAGCUGGAUGAAGAACGGAAGCAGAAAGCUCAAAUUUUUGCUGCCAAGAAGAAAUUGGAGAUGGACCUUCAUGACAUGGAAAGCCAAAUUGAUUCUGCUAACAAGGGCCGUGAAGAAGCAGUUAAGCAGCUGAAAAAACUACAGCUCCAGCUGAAAGAAGUAUGGCGUGAAGUGGAGGAGACGCGCUCAUCUCGGGAGGAAAUGUUUAUCCAAUCUAAAGAAAAUGAGAAGAGACUGAAAAGUCUGGAGGCAGAGCUUCUCCAGCUACAAGAGGACUUGGCAGCUGCAGAGAGAGCCAAGAGACAAGCACAGCAGGAGAGAGAUGAUCUGGCCGAUGAGCUGGCCAAUGGCGUCAGUGGCAAAUCUACCCUACUGGAUGAGAAACGUGCCCUGGAGGCAAGAAUUGCUCAGCUUGAGGAGGAGCUGGAUGAGGAACAGAGUAACAUGGAGCUGCUGAAUGACCGAUACAGGAAAUACACUCUGCAGGUAACACAGCAGCACUAA